AGAAUUUUUAAAAUCAUGGCGGAAGAUGAGUCUUCUUCGAUCUCAACCGAAGAAGAAUGUAGAAUGUAUAGGGAAUUAUUACAAAAACGGACAAAGGAAUCUCUUAAAAAGAAUCCUAGAGGGCUACUAGGCUACGACAAGUCAUAUAGACAGAGGUUUGCAAACACUCUUAAAGACAACCCAGGCAUGGUAAAGGAAGCAGGGGCAACAACCUGGAGAGAUAUAAUGGGUGAACCACUUGACGAAGAAGAAAGAGCAAGAUUAGGCUAUARUACUGAUGAUGACGUUGAAAAGGAAGAUGGUUGGACAUCCACUGAAGACGAAAUAGAGGGAACAAAUGAGAGUAAUGUCGAUGUAGAUGAAAGGAUAAAGAAACUUGAGACUAUGAUAUCAAAUUUGAGAAAUGAUAACAAGAAAAUUCAGACAGAAAAUAUUAACCUCAAAAGUGAAAACGACAAGAUAAAGAAGAAAAUGCAUGAGCAGAGAAGUCGUACUUUUAAGUCAAAAUACAUUUACAGUUGUCCCGUUUGCAGCUAUAAAGGGUUGAACAUGAAGCGCCAUGUGAGGAAGCAACACCCAAAUGACAUGGACCAA